AUGGGAAUAUCAGAAGAAAUCAGCCAAGAUAUCAGGAAGAGAAUUGUGGACUUCCACAAGUCUGGUUCAUCCAUGGGUACAAUUUCCAGAUGCCUGAAGACACUGACAGGGACUGAACUGCUGAUGAUGACACAUCAGAAAUCACCUGCUACGGUUGAAUUGCAAUGUUAUUACAAAGCAGUUGUUGGAGAGACAAAUGCUGCAUCUCCAUUCAGUGACACUUCCUCCAUCAUGAUACAAACUCGUCUUCCACCUAAACUGACAGUGAAUCCACCAGUGAUCACAGAGACAGACUCAGUCACACUGAACUGUCAGACUCCAUCAUCAGUGUCUGUGACUCAGUGUUAUUUCUACACUUUAAGUGGAGGAACUGUCAGAGUCCUCUCUUGUCUGCAGACACUGACAGGGACUGAACUGCUGAUGAUGGCACAUCAGAAAUCACCUGCUGAGAUUAAAGUGAAAUGUUAUUACACUGUAAAACGUGGAGAGACAAAUUCUCCAUCUCCACACAGUGACACAACCUCCAUCAUGAUACAAAGUGCUGCAGAAAACAAUGAGAGACAAACUGAUUUAACAACCUCCAUUUCUACUACAAAGUCACCUGUGGGUGGAGGUGAUGAAGGUCAGACUGUUAACAGAGCUACCACUCCUGUAACUCCUGUAAAACCAGCAUCAGAUCAGAGUUCUGUUCCACCAGGUCAUACUGUUGGCUCGACCACUACUUCCUUAACAUCAGUGAAAACAACAUCAGAAACAGUUACUGCUGAGAUGAAUCUAAGUGCAAAAGGUAGCACGAUGACCGCUGUUGAAACUCCUCUGAAUGUGACAUCAGGAGACAAUAAAGGUGGGACUUUUAUGAUAUGUUCCAAAAAUGCUGAGAUACUGCUGUGAAUGUGUUUAAUGUUUCUGACUUUUUACAACACAUCAGAAACUUAACACAUCUGUAAUUCCAUUGAAUUCAGGUGAGCAAGAAGUACGUGAUUCCUUACACAUAUUAGAUUUAUAAAUAUUAAAAAUGACAUGUUGUUCAGUUUAGUA